UCCUCUGACUAAAUUUUUUGAAAUAUAUUUCCAAUAUAAAAUUUCUUCUUCCACCUGUAUCUGGUGGAAGGAGCAAUAUAUCCAUUCCAUCCAAUAUGUGUUAUAAAAUUAUUUAAAUUUAAAAUUUUCAUAUUUUUAAUAAUAUUUUUGAUUAAAAAAAAAAUGAAAGGCACGGAGCGUUCUUGUCCCAAUCACAGACAACUGAGUAUAAAACAAUCAACAUUUCCUUUUUCUUUUGGAAAAACAAUAAAAAUUCCCCCAAAAAUCAAACCUCUAAAAUUUCCAGUUUCCCCCGAUGCAUGCUGCAAAAUAAAGUAUCGGGGAUGCUGCAUAUUUUAUGUUCAGCCGUAUAUCUCUUAGAAGAGCAAGGGGAAUAGUCACUGUUACCGGUGAUAUCGGUGAUGGUUACCUUGGUUUCGACCAAAAAAAUAUUCAUGCUGGGUUUUUAUUAUUGUUUUUUUGAAGCUUUUUAGGGUUUGUUUGAGGUUUUUUUUUUAAAUUUUGGAAGAUCAUUAUUUUCUUAUAUUGAGAAAUGGGAAGUAGAAAAGAAGAAGAAAGAAACGAAAAGAUAAUAAGAGGUCUCAUGAAGCUGCCUCCUAAUCGUCGUUGCAUUAACUGUAACGGCGUGGUAAUUUUUUUCAAGCUUUUCUUUUAAAUUUUAUUUUAUGAGGUGGUGAGGUGGGGUCGGGGGGAGGUUUCAUAGUUAAGGUGUGCUAGGGAUGCUGGCAAAGCCUGGGAAAAAUGAAAAAAAGAGAUGGGUUCUGAAAUUUGUUCUUUUUUGUUACUUAAAGUCUCUUGGAAGAGUUAGUUUUUAGUUGAUGAGUUAAGCAGAAUGGAUAGAGAUUUCUGGUUAUGUAAAUGGUUUUAGAAAUGUGUUUUUUUUUUUUUGGGGGGGGGGUUAAUUUUGUAAGAAAUGACUUUAGCUGAUUGUUGUGAGUCAAGUUCUGUUUGGAGUCUGGGAAAGUGUAAAAAAAAAAAGGAAAAAAAGAAAAAAAACGAAGGUGGAUUUGAGGUUAUAGAAAAUGUUUCUUAAAAUGAGUUUCUCGAAUUUCAUGAAUACAACGCAACUAUUAGUAAUGAAUGUCAAGAUGGGUCCUCAGUAUGUUUGCACAAACUUUUGGACUUUCGUUUGCAUGGCUUGCAGUGGGAUCCAUCGUGAGUUUACUCAUCGUGUAAAGUCUGUAUCAAUGUCAAAGUUCAUUUCACAAGAAGUUGAAGCUCUUCAGAGUGGUGGUAAUCAGCAUGCAAGAGAUAUAUAUCUCAAAGAUUGGGAUAUGCAGAAGCACAGGUUACCAGACAGCAGCAAUCCUAAUAAAAUCAGAGAGUUCAUAAAGAAUGUCUAUGUGGACAGAAAAUAUGCGGGAGGAAAAACAUCUGACAAGCCUCGAAGAGAUAUGCAGAGCCUUGGAAAUCAGGAAGAUAAUAGAAGGCGCCCAAGUUCUUAUCAUUCUUAUUCUGAAAGUCCACCUUAUGACUAUCAAUAUGAAGAUCGGCGUUAUGGAAAACAAGUUGCUGCCACGCUUUCUAGGAAGCCUGGUUCAGAUAGAGGCUUCUAUGUGAGGAAAGCUUCUAGUUUUAUAUAUAGUCCUGGCCACUCAAGUGAUCACAGUUUUGAGGACAGGUUUGCAAAUGAGGGUUCUGCUCCUAGAGUGUCAGACUACUCUGUAUCCAGUGGAGGUGAUACUUUCAAAUCUGGUACAGGGUCACCAAACUUUCAGAAGGAAGUUGUAUUUGGCAGCCCAAAUUCUCAACCUCAAACAGAUAUCUUAAGUGAAGAUGCACGACAUCAAACAAGUAAUUUAUUUGUGGACCCAAAUUCUAAGAAAGAUGCUGCAGGGAUUUCGCAUCCACAGAGAACUAAAUCCUUGGGAAGUUUUGGGUCAAUUGAUAAAAAUUCCAUGUCUGUCAAGUACUGUAACUCAGACAUUGGACUGGAUGUUUUCUCUGAGCCAGAACAAAAUGUUGGUUCCCAUCAUAAUAAAGCAUCUAGUUUUUCCCAAUCAUCUGUUCCUGUGAAUUAUGGUGGCCUGGAUCUCUUUAAUGCAUGCAACCCUUCUGCCUCUCCACCUAUAUAUUCGUUUCAGUUACCUGCAACCUCACCAGUUUCAUCCGAGAAUGUAUUUCAACAUGCGGCUUCUUUGAUGCAACAUGGGAAUUCAUAUCAACCUUCACCAUCUAUUCAAUCUGUAGACCUAUUUGCUGAGAUUUCUGAGCAGCCCCCAGCUGCAAAUUUUGGCGGAAAAUUGCCAGAGUCACCUGUACCUAAAAAUGAAGAAUGGCAAAUGUUUUAUAUUCCUCAGCAUGCAGCGUCUGGUCCAGUAACCAAAAAUCUUUCACCUGCUGUAAUGCCCAGUCAUGGAGAUUUGUCCAUGAAGUUUGACCAAUUGCAAUCACUAAACACAGCCAUGCAGUGUCCGCAAUUUGAAAAUUCUAGUGCUCUUUCUUCUUCAGUAAAGUCUAGUCAAUGGCAAGAGGGGUUGCAUGAUGGUCGAUCCUCCACUGCUGCAAACUGCACUCAGAGCCUUCAUAAUGAUGGCUUCCAAACAGCUAAUCUACUAUAUGGGGAUGGCAUAGCACCACCAUAUGUGCCAAUGGUGAAUCCACCUUUGGGAGAGAACCAGUUGCAUGCUGCUGGUCGCAAAUCAACCAACCCAUUUGAUCUUCCUUAUGAUUCUGAACUGGAACGAAGUGAUAUGUUUUUGGAUAUGAGUUCAUUGCAAACUACACUUCCUAAUGGUCAGUUGUCAUCUACCUUUCUCGGUGGUGUGUCGCAACCAUGGUUUCCUCAGAAUCCAGCGACCCCAUAUAUCCCAGGAACAGAAGGUGGCUUAGCAGUAUUCAUGUCUGGUCAAGCACCAAGUUCUCAAUUAUCGAAUGUCUCAACCCAAGGGCCCUUUUCUUCCAUCGGAGGAAAUCCUUUUGCAUUGUAUUCUACAGGCAAAGGUUGCAUUUUUUAGUUCUUUUGCAGUUGGUGAUAGUUUCUUGGUGCCAAAAAUAUAAGCCAAUGUCUCGGUGGAUUAGAAUUAAAUCUACUGAGAAGUCAGACUGUUUUUUCUUUGCAAAUAAGAAUACGUUGCCUUGGACCGAAAAAUUCCUUUUAGUGUUAUAUCUACUCUUGUUUAUACAUUAUGAGUUAUGUUAGAGGCAGUGGUGCAGCAAGGGGAAUGACAGGGGAAAUAGGUUUAUAAGGUUCUUGGGGGUAGAUAUGAUUUGAUUGUAUUAAACUUGUGCUGGUCCAUAGGCUUUCUAAGCGAUUCUUGUUUGUAUAUAUAUAUAUAUAUAUAUAUAUAUAUAUAUAUAUAUAUUUUAUUGUUUUACAUUGUUGCAAAUUUGGGGAGAUGCGUAUAAUGUUGAACUAUUUUUCUCUGGAUCCUUAUAUAUUUUGCCUUACAUUAAUUUCUUUUUCGUUUUGUGUAUUGGACUCUGGAAAGAAUUUAAGUAAUGUAAUUUGUCCUUGAAA